AAGAACAUCUGGGUAACAGAAAGUAACAGAAAAAAAAAUGGCUUCCCUGAACUUAACUAGCAUAACGCCCCAACCAACAGGAUUUACAUGGAACAACAACAGUUACAGGAACCCAACUAUCUUUAUUCCUAGGAAGAGACAUGUUUCUGUUACAUUGGCCACCAGUUCUCCUGAAACCAAUUCUCCAACUACAACAGAAAAGCCUGAAAUCGAGCUGGAAUUUAUUGGGCCGAAUCCAGGAAAUGAUGGGUCGUAUCCAGUGGAUAAAGCUAAAGCAAUAAGUGGAGAAAAGUUGCUCAGAAACAUCAUGUUGGAUAACAAGAUUGAGCUCUAUGCUGCUUAUGGGAAAGUGAUGAACUGUGGAGGUGGUGGAAGCUGUGGAACUUGCAUUGUAGAGAUUGUUGACGGGAAAGAUCUUUUGAAUGAAAGAACCAAUACAGAACGUCGGUAUCUCAAGAAGAAACCAGAAUCUUGGAGGCUUGCUUGUCAAACCAUUGUGGGAAAUAAGGAGAACUCCGGCAAGGUUGUGGUUCAAAGGCUACCUCAAUGGAAGAAUGCAUAAAGAGACUGUUCACAUCAGGGAUUCUUGGUAACCAAUUUCAACAUUCUACAUUUGCAACUCAUAUAUAUUUUGUGUGAAAUUUCCAAGAUGGUAGUUCUAAUUUAUGAACAAUGAUUGUACAUUUAUACACAUAAUGGAAUUGGUCUCCUCCAUGAUCAGAAUUGUAAAGCUGUUUGAGUUUUGCGUUGC